UUAUCUGUCAAAAGCGGUGGCGACCGGCCGACGAACGGUGGUGAUGCGCUGCCGGCUGACGCGCGUCCGUUGAACGUUGAACCGGCGAGGUGUGCAGUGACGCGAGGACGCUCUGAGCGUGAUUCGUCUUCCUGGAUCCGCGGCGACAGCGGCAGUGAGAGCGAGACGCGAGACGGAGCGAGCGGCCUUUGAAUGAGCGCGUCUGUUAUUAUGUGAUCGCGAAUCGCGCGCGCGGAGUGACAUCGAGGAAGACACGGCUAGGGGGAGGAAAGGAAGAAAGAGAAGCAUCGAAAGAAAGAAAAUGCGGACCACGCAGGCCGACGUUUUCUGCUAUCUCAUCGUGGCGAUUCUCGCCGUUUUGCCGACGCUUGGUCGCGCAGAAAACAACAAUAAAACGCAACCAACGCUGUGCGAUCCUUCGGAGAUCGGGCGUGUGCUGUGUGGCAAGAAUCAGAGAUGCCGCGUAACCAACGAGAAAGCGAUAUGCGAAUGCCAACGAGAUUUUCAUUUUGUUAACAACGAGUGCGUCAGAGUUAUACCUACGCCGGCGAGUGUCGAUGCUACUACCCUCAAGCCAGAGAUCAGAUCGGGAUCAGGAGGUAGCUCCGUAGCCGCCGGUCUGCUAAUACCGACCUUCCUCAUAGCGGUCGGUGUGUUGCUGUAUUUCGGCGCGAGACGAUACAAAUGGAUACAACGGUUUCGGCAGUACCGUCACAAUCGUUAUGGCAACGUCCUAGUCACGCGAGACGACGAUGAUGACGACGAUCCACCGAUAGCGUAGAAGACGAAAAUGAAUUGAGGAUGAAGUUAACGCGCGCGUCGCGCGCGCAAAAUGCACUUUCAGCGAAACUCAGCGCGAAACGCGCCAACGAGUGCACAGUACUGAUCUGUUAAUAAUCUGCACGUAAUUACGGACAGUAAGCUGCGAUUUCGAGAAGUUGCCAUACAGAGGGCACGUGCGUAUACGGGUGAUGCGAUCAAAUUCCUGUAAUGUAAUGUAGGAAAGAGAUGAUUCCUUGUACAAAGUUAUUAAAAUGUGCGGACUAACAAUAGAACCGAUUUCGAAAAUUCAAGCACGCACAUAUGUAGAACAAGUUCCAUUUAGCGACACACCGCGUCGACACACAUCAUUUUAUCUCUGUUCAAUCAGCAAUGAAAACAAGCGCUCGCCUCGACUAGUUGACUAGGCAAAUAGAGCUUGUCCUUGGUGAAAUGUUUGAGUGUCAGAGCGUAGGAUUACACUUUUUCCGUUUUAUGUCGGAAUGACAGCUUUAACUCCUUCAUCGCGAAAGGUGUACAUGUACUCGAAUAUACUAUCAGUUUAACGCACUUUUCGUUAGUUUAGGAAAAUUCGAGCAUUUCAAUUUAUAAUAUGAUAUCCGACAGAGUUUGGUAUUGCAAUACGCCGUACAUUUCCAUUACAACAAUUUAGGUAGAAUCGGCUAGUUAAUCACAAUACUUUUAUGCUCCACUGUAAUCGAUUUGAAUAUCGAUUUGCCAACACCAUACAUGUGGCAGUGAAGGUGUGAUUUAUGUUAAAACAUACCUAGUUAAAGGAAUAAUCAAGAUAAAAUGUUGCAAUAAGCUACAAUGGAACAAUAAGCGCAUUGAUAAAAUGAUUACUAAAUUACUACAGCUUGUUUUGCACUUUUCGCACGCAUCUAUAUUAUAUCUAUAAACAAGAUAAAUAGAAAUAGUAGAUGCGACUUGAGUGAAAUAAAAUACGCUUUGAAUUAAUUUUUGUACGAAGAAUCGUCUCUUUCUUCUUUGAUUGUAUCACGAAUUACACCCUGUGUCGGUGUUGCGACGACGCUUAUUUUGCCUUUCGAAAUCGUCGCUGCAUAAUUUCGUGCGAGUAUUAGCAGAUGAAUACGCGACUGCAGAGAGAUACGGAAAGAUACAUUUCGUGAAAAACGAAAUAAACUACGAGGCCAAAUGUGAAGACGCACUUGCGCAAGUAAUUAUACUUUUAUAUGCGAAUUGAUAAAUUUGUUGAUUUUACUACGAAAUUCGGUAUAUGAUUGGGUAUAAUUACAAUAAUUAUGUAUAGUAUGAUUAUUAUGAGAGAUUCUAUAAAGAUUAUAUUGCAACAGAUUCGUGAUUUCAAGAUGGAAUCAGUUUUUGACGAGAUACGUCGACGCUUACCAUAUUAGUCGCAGAUGUAAAAGUAUCGCUAUUUGCGCUAGUUGCCGAAUCUAUAUUUAUAUGUGAUGGUUGUAAGGGACGUGACAUAAUGAAUUGCGUUUAUGAUAGUGUUUUAAGCAUUCGUCGAGAGAAUAAUUUUCUACAUUGAUAUUAAUAAACUGGUCAGAGAGAGAAAGAGAGAAGAGAGGCAUAUAUCCUAUAUAAUAUUAAUAUAUAGCGUAUAACAUUAACAGGUGAUCGUUUCUUUCAUCACCAACCUCACUAUACGCAAAAUUUAGGAAAAUUAUAUAUUGCAUUAUUAUUAUCGUUAAUGGAAUUAUUAUUCUUUUUUCCAAUAAUAUUUGAUGGAAUAAUGUGAUUAGUACGCAUGGCUGAAUUCAUCCUCUGUUUCCUCUCUUAAAUUAUUAAAAUUGAAUAUAAUUGAGUUUUAUUUUUUAACCGUAGAGAAUGUAAAAUUUUAGUUAAAGUUAAUUAGUUAAUUAAAUGUAAGUAUUUAGCAUCAUUUACAGGGAUCUUUCGCGAUUUCUAGGCGACGGGAUUUUUCAGUUAAACGAUCUCACAUUGCUGAUAAUAAUCAAGUUUACUCUUCAUUCUAAAUGAUCUUAUUCUUUUUCGUAUAGGUAAUUCGUUUUGUUCCCAAUGCUUUGCGCAAUAAACCAAAUCACUCGUGGAUCCAAAUUAAUACCUAUCGCAUUUGCUGUAUAGAUAAUGUAAUAAAAAAGCGUUCUAACGGGCGUGUAAAUCUGACAGAGUUACCUUUUAAGCUACAAGAAGUUUGAAAGCGAUUGCAUUUAUACCAAAAGAAGUUCUUAAUCUCUUUGACGUUUCUGUAACAUAAUAAACUAAUUGCUCUGUAAUUAUUUUUAGAUAUAUACGUUUAUACAUAUAUACUAUAUACAUGUUUUAUAUAUAUUUAUAUAUGAAAUAUGAAAUAUAUAGUGUAUAUGUAUAGAGGAGAUGCGUGUUAUAUACGUAUAUGUAUGUAUAUGUACGUGUAUACGUAUGCAUACAUAUAUUCUGUAAAUACUCUUCGCUGUCUGCGAAUGUGCACUCUUGCCAGUAACAACUUCUUCCUAAUAAUUUAAUCUAAUUGUAAUUCAGGAGAAGAUAUUGUCUAUAUAUUGUUUAUGAGGAACGAGCCUCGGCUCGCAAAAGAUUAACAAAAUAAGCUUUCGAGAGUUAUAUAUAUAUUAUGUAUGUACCCUAUUCUUGUACUCUAUCAUUUUUGUACAGAGCUAUGCACUAGAAUCUAAACCUAAAUCAUAGUGAUUACAUUCGGUGUAUAAUAGUGAUUCUGAUCGAUCGGGAUUUAUAUUUUUAUAGUUCGCGAGUACUAGCGAGCACUAAGUGCGCUAUGUGCAAGAAUACUUCUCGCACAUAGUGCUCUUGGUAAAAAGUGGCGAUUAGUACCAGCGAAUUAUAUUGUGUUAACUUUUGACACGGCAACUGCUCCCUUUUUUUAUCACGGUAUUCAAAGCGAAUAAGAAUUAUUUGCUCAGUGCUUAGCACGUCGUUGCGUUAUGAUGAUAUUUGACUGAAUAUCGUAAUUAAUUAUUACUUUUGCAGCCAUAUACACACAAAAAUUGUAGCAGAUAUUUGUCCAAUGGUUCCUUGUGUUUAAAUGUCUUCUACAUUGUUCUCAUCAUUAAACAGAUUAUUUACAACGAUCACGAUUUGCGUGCAUGUGGCACCGUAAAUUACGACCCUGCGAUGUAUCUUCUCAUCAUGGCCAUCGUGAAUUGAAUUUUUAUUCUUGACCACUGUGUUUUUUUGGCACAAUAAAUAUGUAAUCUUGACAUUUUAUUUCCUAUGUAUAUAUUAUAUUUCUCUUGCUCUAAUACCAAUGUUCGAUAUAUUUUUAUUGCUCUUUGAUAUUGUAUGGAAACUUUAAAAUUAAGUUAGUCGACCAUUUUUACGGUUGCCUGCAGAUUUCUCUCAAUCCGGUCUCGUAAUGUUUUAUGAAUGUUUCUUUAUAGCGUCAGUAUUUUCAUUGUGUAAUUUAUCUCAUUUAUACUAUAUAAUAAAAUAAAAGUCUUCAAGAG